AUGACAAACCCACCAAGAGAAGUAGAAGCUGAAAGGCGAAUGACUAUGAAAGAUUAUGCAAUGCCUACAAUUGGUAACACUACUUCAUGCAUAGUUCUAGAUGAUACAUUUAGGAAUUAUGAACUUAAGAGCAUUCAUUUUAAUAUGUUUCCUUCAUUUUAUGGUUGGAGAAACCAUCCAAAAUUUUCUUGGAAAUACAAUGACCAAAACCCACCACAAUUAUUGAGAAAUCAAAAUCAACCUCAUUACCAAGACCAAUAUUCUCAAUUCCAAAGGGACUCCAAUCCUUUCUUUCAAGAUCAAGAACAAACUCUUCGAUCUAAUGAACAAAGGAAGCCAAGUUUGGAAGAAACACUUCAAUCAUUUAUGAUAGCUUCUCAUGAUAGGAUGGAGAGGAAUGAGAAAAAGACAGAUUCCAUUGAGGCUUCACUAAAACGUUUAGAAGCUCAAAUGGAACAAAUUGUUGAAGAGCUCAAUAAAGAGGAACUAUCAAGUCAAUCUGAACAAGCCAAUUCCAUUAUUACUAUUAGAAGAGGUACACCUAAAAAUGAUGGAUUAGUGCAAAGCAAUGAGGAAAGUAUACAAAAGGAAGAAAAAGUAGAGCCUAAUCUUAGGCUGGAGAAGAAAGAAAAGGAAGCAUUUUCUGGAUCUGAAUUUCAUAAGGCAGCUCAGAAUAAACCAGCUCAUGCAAAAUUCUUUGAAGAGUUGAACACCAAUAAAAGGCGAUAUACGAACAACGAAAAAGUACAAGUAGCAAGUGUAAUGCUUCAACAUCAAUUGCCCCUUAAAAUGAAGGAUCCUGGUAGCUUCACCAUUUAUAUUACAAUAGGUGAUAAAAAACAUACAAAAGCCAUGUUAGAUUUGGAAGCAAGCAUCAACUUGAUGCCUUAUACGAUGUAG